AUGCUUUUAAGGCCAUAAACCAAGGCGGACUUACGUCUGUAGCUGUUCGUGGGAAAGAUUCUGCAGUAAUUGUAACACAGAAGAAAGUACCUGACAAGUUACUGGAUUCCAACACAGUGACUCAUUUAUUCAGAAUUACUGAAAAUAUUGGCUGUGUGAUGACAGGAAUGACAGCUGACAGCAGAUCCCAGGUGCAGAGAGCAAGGUAUGAGGCUGCUAACUGGAAGUACAAGUAUGGCUAUGACAUCCCUGUGGAUAUGCUGUGUAAAAGGAUUGCAGAUAUUUCUCAGGUCUAUACGCAAAAUGCUGAAAUGAGGCCUCUUGGUUGCUGUAUGAUUUUGAUUGGUAUUGAUGAAGAACACGGCCCUCAGGUGUACAAGUGUGAUCCGGCAGGUUACUAUUGUGGAUUCAAGGCCACAGCUGCAGGAGUUAAACAGACAGAGUCAACCAGUUUUCUUGAAAAGAAAGUAAAGAAGAAAUUUGAUUGGACAUACGAACAAACAGUAGAGACAGCAAUAACAUGCCUGUCUACUGUACUAUCCAUUGAUUUCAAACCUUCAGAAAUAGAAGUUGGUGUAGUUACAGUGGAAAAUCCUAAAUUCAGGAUCCUUACAGAAGCAGAGAUUGAUGUGCACCUUGUAGCUCUGGCAGAGAGAGACUAAUUAGCAUUCCCAUUUCCAUUGUCUGUGCUUCUGGCCAGGAUAUUUGGUGAAAAGAAAACACUUAUUAAUGGCUUUAGAUUAUGGGUGGAAAACAGUGUUCACUAUAUGAUGUAUUUUACUCUGUACAAAUAAAACAGAGGUUUUUGAAA